AUGAAAACAAUUAGCAAUGCGGAGAUUGAGGGAAAACGGGUAUUUCUCCGGGUGGACUUCAAUGUGCCGAUAUUGGACUCUGUGGUUCUGAACGACUUCAAAAUAACUUCUGUGCUUCCAACAAUCAGACUUCUUCAUUCUAGGAAUCCCAGGAGAGUGAUUAUUGGAAGUCACCUUGGAAGACCCAAGGGGAAGUAUUCCAAGGAGCUUUCCCUGAGGCCUGUCUACUCAGUACUAAAGGCGCGCCUCUGGGAGGAACUUGGCGUAGAGUUGGAUUUCUGCGACCUGUGGGAUGUUGGGAAUGUGCAAAGUCCAUGGAUACUCCUGGAGAACCUCAGGUUUUAUUCCGCAGAGGAAGACGCCGGCGACAAGGAUGCUGUUGAUCAGUACAGAAAUGUAUUCGUAGACAAUAUGGAUGUUGCUGUUAUAGAUGCAUUCGGAUGUCUGCAUAGAGAAUGCGGGUCUAUACAGAGAACCGGGCUUCCUUCAUUCUCUGGGCUUCUGGUCCAGAAAGAGUUGAACUUUACUAAGGAAAUCAUGGAGGAAAGGGUGGAUCUUAUGAUACUGGGAGGAAAGAAAGUGUCCGACAAGAUCAAGCUGCUGGAAUCUCUUGGACAGAAAACAGGAAGCUUAUUUGUUACCGGAGGACUGGCAUUUCCAUUCAUUAGAUACAUAUUGGGAAAGGAGGUUGGAAAGAGCAUAGGAGAAAGUGUUUCUGAAGAGGAAGUAAAGAGGAUACAUAAGAUCUGUGAGGAGCACAAAACAAGGAUUAUCCUUCCAUCUGACUUCACGGUUGUUUGCAACGACAGCGUACAAACAACUAGCAACAUCCCCCCUGAGGGGAGUGCAAUGGACAUAGGCCCGGAAACUAUAGAAAUGCUAAGGAGAGAAGUUUCUAAGGCAAAGGCCGUGUUUUGGAAUGGCCCUCCCGGAAUGUAUGAAGAACAAAGUUUCUCGAGGGGAACGGAGGCUUUGGUGAGUGCCUUGGAGAGUCUUAAAGGAGAAGGGAAGAAGUCUUUCUGCGGAGGAGGGGAGACUGCAGGCGCAAUCAGAUUGUUUGGUAGCUAUGAUGCCUUUACUUAUGUAUCUACCGGAGGAGGGGUGCUGAUGAAGCUGCUGGGUGGAAAAAGGCUUCCUGGGCUAGACUUCCUCUCCAUGCAGCCCUGA